CUUCUUCUUCGAUUCCUUCCUCAUAUUUGGGAGAGUAACGUUGGUUUCACCACUACUUCUCCGAUCACUCCCCGGUGGGGUUGAGAAAUUGGGAACGAUGAGUGGGGUAUUUGAAGGGUACGAGCGUCAAUACUGUGAGCUAUCGGCGAAUCUUUCUCGCCAAUGCACUGCAGCUUCUGCCCUUGAUGGAGAACAGAAGAAGCAGAAACUUUCUGAAAUAAAAGCUGGAUUAGAUGAUGCUGAUGUAUUGAUUCGGAAAAUGGACCUUGAGGCUAGGAGUUUGCAGCCAAGUAUCAAGGCAAAUCUUCUUACCAAGUUAAGGGAAUAUAAAACUGAUUUGAACAAUUUGAAAAAUGAAGUUAAGGUGAUCACGUCAGCUAAUGUCAACCUCACUGCUCGAGAUGAGUUGUUGGAGUCAGGAAGGGCUGAUACACUGGCGGUAUCAAAUGAUCAAAAGGGAAGACUUUUGAUGUCUACUGAGAGAUUAAAUCAAUCAACUGAUAGAAUAAAGGAGAGCAGAAGAACAAUGCUGGAGACAGAGGAGCUUGGUGUCUCUAUCCUCCAAGACUUGCAGCAACAAAGACAAUCUCUACUCCAUGCCCAUAAGACAAUCCAUGGAGUGGAUGAUAACAUUAAUAAGAGCAAGAAGAUUUUGACGGCCAUGUCAAGAAGGAUGAGCAGGAACAAAUGGAUUGUUGGCUCCGUGACUACAGCUCUGGUCCUUGCAAUUAUAUUAAUUCUAUAUUUUAAGCUGACUCAUUAGCCUGCUCUCUUUUUUUAUGGCUUAAUUACAUCUCAGAUUGGGGUGUUUGCUGCCGAACAAUGUGACUAUGUUUGAAGAGUUGUGAGCGCAAUAGUUCUCUCACCUAUUUCCCUUAAUACUAAUCCCAAAUUCAAUUGUUAAAAGUUGGUAGAGAUGCAAUGGGCACAUGUAGCCCAAGACUCUGUAGGCUGUAGUUGUUUUUGUUUUUC